AUGGCAACAGCAGACACAACCCAACCCCAGAAACACAGCAGUAGACGUAGGAGUCGCAACCAGGCAUCAUCACGUAUGGAGAAUGACUUUGUUCCCAAUAACAGUGCCAGUUCUGAGAGCCAUGGUGAUUCAUCUUCCCAUGGUCAUCACCAUCACCACAGACUGCCUCGACAGUCAUCGCGUCCGACCAAGCAACUGGAUUUUUAUCAGGCCAUGUCAGACUUUAAGACAAUGUUUCCUAUGAUGGAAAAUGAUGUGAUAGAGGCAGUAUUGAGGGCCAAUGAUGGAGCAGUGGAUGCAACGAUUGACCAGCUGCUGACAAUGAGUAUUGAUAAUGAUGGGAGUGAGUCUCCUGUUACUGUACCUUCUGACCUCAUAUCUCCUUUGUCUGAUGAUUGCCCUGAAUACAAUGAGGAGAGGACAGAAGAUUCACCACCCUCCUACACUGAGGCUGUUCAUUCACAAGCCUCCAGUAGUAUCUGGACCACGCCUAUUUCUAGUCAGGCUCAAGACCACUCCACUUCACCUACAAUAAACAAGAAUAAGUCACCCUCAGGGUCACUUAAAAAGGAACAGAGUGGCAGCAAACGAUCACCAUCUUCUUCUUUAGGGUCAAGGUUUAGAGGACGUGAUCUUUUAGAUGGGGACGUGGAUGAAUUGUCUCUGUCUAAUACAGAACCAAAGCGCCCUCUACCUAAUUUGGACAUAACUCAAAAUCGAACUCCGAAGAGAAAUUUUCGUAAUUGGAACCCACCAAUGUUGGGGACACUUCCAGAAGACUUCUUAAGAUUGACUGUAACCCCUCAACCCCCUUCUUCUCUUACCCUCUCUACUCAGUCAAUGUUACCUAGCCCUGUGCAUCAGUCACUUGAUGAUAUGGCAUCAUCACAUGAUGUUACACCUAAAUCACAAAGUACACGACACAAACAUUCAAAGUCAAGUCGCAGUCACGGAGAACGUAAGAGAAUGUCUCGUAGUCUGAGUGAGAAGACAAGUGAAAAGUCAUGGCUGACAUCACAAAACAACAAGGACACUUCACCUUUAAUGCAUCAAAGUUCAUUUAGUGCUAGGGGCAGUACUCCAGGAUCAAAAUCAUUGAUGAUUUCAUCACUCGAGUUCAGCCAGGACAUGUUAGAUGAAAAGAUGAAAGAGAAUGAGAGACGAAGAAAGAGAGCAGUGAUGAACGCAGACCCAGAGAUGUCACAAUAUCUGGAAGAUGAAAGACUUGCCAUUAUGUUACAGAACAGCGAGUUCCUGCAAGAGCUCCGUAGUAAUGAGGACUUUAUGAAAACUCUGGAGAGGGACCGAAUGAACUUGUCAGCCUUUGAACCAAUCCCAGAACCUCCUCAACAGCUUCCUCCUUUAGAACAUGAAGGCUAUGGAGAGGACAGCACAGACCAUAUGGAUGCCUUUCCCUUCAGUCAACCUGUACCCAAAGAAAAAGAUGAUGAUGCAGAACUGAGGCGCCAACUCAACAAUAUGGGUGGAGCAUCAAGAAAGCAGUUUGUUGCAUUAGCCAAGAAGUUUUUUUCAAGAAAAAAGAAAAAGAUGACGCUAAAGCAAAUUCAGAAGGAGAAGCUGGCACCUUCUAUGGUUAACCUUUUGGACAGUGAUGAGGAGGACUUCAAUGCACACGACCACAUGGAUCACCCCUACAACCAGCGAGCAGAAAUAGAGCCUUUGCCUAGCAGUAUUACAGCAGUGCCAAGCCACAAGACUGUCCAGCGUCCACCAUAUCACCCAGAAACUAUAACCUCCUACCAUGAUAACCACGCUACAGAUAUGGUUUAG